AUGGAUAGGACUACAUCCAGUGCAGAUAAACAGACAGCACCCCUCCACGGAACCCUUAGCAUGGCCGUCAAACUUCUCGUUUUAGUGCUUGCUUGCGUGUGCAUAGCGUUCAGUGCUCCUUCUCCAAAGGGAAAUCCUGAACAAUACAGCUGUUACUCAUGUACAGACUACCAAGAAAGUGAGGGCUGUCACCAAACUUCCGUUUGUCAGACCGGCCAUGAACACUGUGUAACCCAGAGACAGUACUAUGUAGACGGAUCAAUCCUUGUUACCAAGGGCUGCUCUCAUAUGCAGACAUGCAUGAAUAAAGAAGAAAACAACGAAGAAGAAUGUUACGGUGGCGAUAGGAUUGGGUUUGAAGGAGUCUGUACAUGGUGUUGCGCCGGAAAUCUAUGUAAUGCUGAGGGCAAAGAGGAAGACCAGCGAUUGCGAGCUGAAGAAGACGACGGCGGUAAACCUAACCCAAAACCUCCCACCGGCGGAAAACCUAAUCCAAAGCCCCCUACCGGCGGUAAACCUAACCCAAAACCUACCACCGGCGGAAAACCUAAUCCAAAGCCCCCUACCGGCGGUAAACCUAACCCAAAACCUCCCACCGGCGGAAAACCUAAUCCAAAACCUCCUACCGGUGGUAAACCUAAUCCAAAGCCCCCUACUGGUGGUAAACCUAACCCCAAACCUCCUACUGGUGGUAAACCUAACCCUAAACCCCCUACAGGUGGAGGUUCAGGUUCUCCUGGAUCACCAGGGUCAAAUGGAAAUCCAGGAUCUGGUGGAAACGGUGGUAAUGGGGGAAAUGGAGGUAAUGGUGGAACUGGAGGAAACGGUAGCAGUGGGGGAAACGGUGGAACGGGAGGAAAUGGAGGGAACGGGGGAAGUGGUGGUAAUGGAGGAAACGGUGGAAGUGGGGGAAAUGGUGGCACUGGAGGAAAUGGUAAUGGAGGAAACGGCGGAAGUGGGGGAAAUGGAGGAAACGGUGGAAGUGGGGGAAACGGUGGAACUGGAGGAAACGGCGGAAGUGGGGGGAAUGGAGGAAAUGGUGGAAGUGGUGGGACUGGAGGAAACGGAGGAAGUGGUGGUAAUGGAGGAAACGGGGGAAAUGGUGGCACUGGAGGAAAUGGUAAUGGAGGAAACGGCGGAAGUGGGGGAAAUGGAGGAAACGGUGGAAGUGGGGGGAAUGGAGGAAAUGGUGGGACUGGAGGAAACGGAGGCAGUGGUGGUAAUGGAGGAAAUAACGGAAGUGGUGGAAGUACCAGCAAUCCAGGAAAUGGCGGAAACCCCACUCAGAAACCAGGAUCAAAUAAACCAACAUCAUCCCCAGGUGGAACAACUGGUAAACCGGGUUCUCCUGGGAAACCAGGAUCCGGCGGAAAUGGCGGAAAACCUGGUUCUGGUGGAAAGCCUGGAUCUGGUGGAAACGGAGGUAAUACAGGAAAUGGUGGUAAUGGAGGAAACGGGGGAAAUGGAGGCAAUAGUGGUAAUGGAGGUAGUGGUGGAAACAAUGGUAACGGAAAUGGUAAUGGUAAUAAUGGUAAUGGCAACAAUGGCAACGGAAACAAUGGUGGUAAUGGUAAUAAUGGUAAUGGCAACAAUGGCAACGGAAACAAUGGUGGUAAUGGUAAUAAUGGGAAUGGUAACAGCGGUAAUUCUGGAGCACAAUGUCAUCUACAUAACGGACAAAUCUGUUGUCAAAAUCAUGGAAAUCAGAACGGAGGACAAGGCGGAAUUGAUUUAGAUAUUCACAUUCAUAUCGGAGGGCUUCUUAGUGGUAUCUGUCCAGUAUGUCAGAACCAGAAAACACCACAAGGACCGUCAGGUCAAAAUGGCACAAAGUCUCCUUUAAUUACGUCAUCUCCAGCAACAAAUCAAGCAAACACAACGCACGCGGCAACAACAUCACAGGGGGCGACUAAAACAUCUCAAGCUACAACCACUACACAAGCGGCGACAACCACACAAGCGGCGACAACCACACAAGCGGCAACAACAACACAAGCGGCGACAACAACACAAAAGCAAACAUCACCUAAUAAAAAGACAACCGUUACAACCAAAAAGGUUAUCACUACCAAAUCUCCAGUCAAAGUCCAUUUAACAACAACUGAUGCUAUUACGACAACCAAACAGACUGCAACUACAACACAAGCGGCGACAACUACACAAGCAGCAACCACUGCACAAGCAGCAACCACUGCACAAGCGGCUACAAACACACAAGCAGCGACAACCACACAAGCAGCGACAACUACACAAGCGGCUACAACCACACAAGCGGCGACAACCACACAAGCGGCGACAACCACACAAGCGGCGACAACCACACAAGCGGCGACAACACAAGCGGCGACAACCACACAAGCGGCGACAACAACACAAGCGGCGACAACAACACAAAAGCAAACAACCACACAAGCUGCGACAACCACACAACAGCCUACAACUACACAAGCUUCGACAACCACACACCAACCUACAACUACACAAGCUUCGACAACAACACAACAACCUACAACCACACAAGCGGCGACAACCACACAAGCGGCGACAACUACACAGCAAUCCACAACAACACAAGCAACAACUACAGCUAAAAAGACAAAGGGCACGACAAAAAAAUUAACAACAACAAAACUUCCUAUUAAAGUUCAAACUACCGUUGUUCCAAGUACAACAAACCAACCAACAACUACUAAACCAUUGACAACAACUCUUAUGUCAACGACCAAAUUACAACCAACUUCAACCCAACAACCUACUACAUCUCAGAAAAUUACAACAGAAAAGAAAACUACUACUACAACUAAGAAAACGUCAACAACGAAGGCCCCAUCAACAACAAAACAGCCCACCUCCUCACUGCCUACAACAUCAGCCACCACCACAACCGCUAAACCUGAUUUUCAGUGUUAUACGUGUAAAGACCAAACUUGUCAGACACAAGAACUGACCACGUGUUCCAGCGGCUCACAUUAUUGUAUGUCAACGGUGAAGCAGGACGACAAAGGAGGGAGAAUCGUGACGAAAGGAUGUGUCUCGGUAGACGUUUGUAAGAUGGAAUGGUACCAGAAGACUGCAACUAAACCCGACUGUAUCCUAAACAUGGACGACAACCCCUCAGGUUUCCCUAAUAUGGCGAUGACCUGCAGUUUCUGCUGUGUGGAAAAGGAAUGCAACAAGCAUGUCGUCCCCACGUUUACGUCACUGUAUACGUCACGAAGAAAGUGAAACGUUUGAAAACAUGUGGACAUAUUUUACUACCUUCGGCAUUAUUCAUGCUGAGUAAUAAUGAGUUUGCAAUAGUCAAGGAACAGGAAACCUAAAGUUCCCUAUAUCAACAAUAUAGUUUCUACAUUUUUUGAUUUCGUAUUUCAUAUCCCAAGACAAUACCUGCUGUAUUUGACGUGGAUCUGAGAGCAAUGUGUUAUUAUGUUGGGGCUGAAAAUAGAGCCGAGAAUUUGAUAUGGGAUUAGGUCAUUGUAUUACAUCAUUGCAGAAAAUAUCUAAAUUGAACAUAAGUUGUAUUAAAACAUUUUUGUUACGCAAUUCUUUGUCUUUUUAGGCUUUUAUAUAGAAGAAAGUCCAUUUGUAGUGAAAAGGUUACCUGUAGGUAUCCAUUAAGUUGACAAUUGUUGUCCAUUAUUUUUAAAGAAUGGACAGAUACUGUCCGUUCUUAAAUAUAAUGGACAGUAAUUGCCACCUUAUUGGACAGUACCAGGUAAACCCUAUAACUUAUUAGACGUCUACAGGUAGGCUGAAAAUAAAAGAAAGACAAUACGUUUG